AUGGAAUCUGCGAAUACUGGUAUGACUUAUGCCACAUAUCAGUAUGAGAAUCCUUACUUUCUUCAUAGUCGGGAUCAUGCUGGUCUCAUACUUGUUUCUGAUCGUCUUUGUACUGGUGCGGAGUUUACUUCUUGGCGUCGUUCGGUUCGUAUGGGAUUGAAUGUUCGUAAUAAGCUUGGUUUUAUUGACGGUACUAUCUUGAAACCAGCUUCGGAUCAUCGAGACUUUGGAUCUUGGUCCAGAUGCUAUGACAUGGUCUCGACUUGGCUAAUGAAUUCGGUGAGUAAGGAAAUUAGUGCGAGUUUGUUAUUCAUUCCCACGGCUGAAGGAAUUUGGAAGAAUGUGUUGGCUCGUUUCAAGCAGGAUGAUGCUCCUCGCGUCUUUGAAAUUGAGCAGCGUUUGAAUAGUAUUCAACAGGGUGCUUUGGAUGUGACCACCUAUUACACACGACUUGUUACACUUUGGGAAGAGCAUAAGAACUACGUAGAGUUACCAGUGUGUACUUGUGGAAGAUGUGAAUGCAAUGCUGCAACCUUAUGGGAGAAAUUACAGGAGAGGAGUAGAGUGACGAAGUUCCUCAUGGGACUGAAUGAUUCUUACGAUGCUACUAGGCGACAUAUCUUGAUGUUGCAACCAAUACCGACUAUUGAGACUGCCUUCAAUAUGGUUACUCAGGAUGAGAGGCAUCAUUCCAUCAAGCCUCUUCCUCGGUCGGAUAACGUUGUUUUCCAGACAACUGGCUUGGCUCCCCUGCUUCCACAAGGUUAUCAAAGCCCGGUUGAUAACGCAGCCAAUGCGGUUCAAGGUGGAUAUCGCUCUCGCCCACCGAAACCUAUUUGUACCCAUUGUGGACAAAAUGGUCAUGUUAUUAACAAAUGCUUCAAGCUUCAUGGAUACCCUCCAGGUUACAUUCCAGGCUUCAAGAGCUCUCUCUCUAACUAUCAGUCUCAGAGACAUCUAGCUCCAUCACAGCCUUCUCAACCUCGAGGAUUUUCUCAGAGUCAGCAACGCCCGCAUACAGUGGCAAAUGUUAUGAGUGACCCGAUGAGUGGUCUAGACCCGAUGAAUGGUCCUAUAACAAGUUCUUCCCAGGCUCAGUCAUCUUCCAGUGCUUCAACUGUCUCUAACCUUGACUUGCACAAUAUGACGCCUACUCAAGUACAAGAUCUUAUUAAGCAUUUGACAGCACAUGUUCGAGUUUCAGAGAAUCCGGCCCCUUCCCCGUCGACUGCGUCUGUUACCGUGCAUGGUGUUAUGGCAGUCCAAUCUACUUCGGUUUCUGGGGUAACUGUUUCUCUCCCGAAUGGUACUAGGGUUGAUAUCACACACACUGGCACUGUUCCAGUAUCAUCAUCGCUUAUCUUGACUGAUGUUCUCCAUGUGCCAACAUUCAAGUUCAAUUUGAUUUCUGAGUUUAUUCAGGGCUUGACGAUUGGUAGAGGAACUCUUAUGCAUAAACUGUACAUUCUGCAACUUGAUGCAUCAUCUCUCGCUGUGUCUAAGUCUCCUGCUUCAUUGAACUUCUCUGGAUCCUUGGUGGUGGAUGGACAUCUGUGGCAUUAA